AUGGAGGACUAUGAGCAGGAGCUGUACGGCGUCGAGGAUGACUUUCAUAGCCAGUUCGAGGCCGAGCUCGAGGUGCUCGCCGAACUUGAAGGUGAACGCGGCUCCAGCUUCUCCCUCCCGAUGGCUUUUCUGGAGGGCGAAGACCAGAGGGGGCGGCACAUGGGCCGACCUCGGCUGUCUUUUGAGGAGGCCAUCACCAGAGGGGGCGCGGCUCCCCACCCCUCUCCAGCCAGGUCCCUGCGGAAGGACAAGGACGGCUCCAGGAAGCGUGAGGGGGACAGUGAUGCCCAGAGAGAUGGACCCCUGCCCCCCACCCCCAAACGGCCGCGGCUGGAGGUGGUCAAGAGGCUGGACUUCGGGUCUGACGACGAGCUGAUGCCCAACUAUCCACUGGGGGACAUUACGCCCCCACCGAGCCCGGAGGUUCCCGCCGAGCUCCAUGACCAUGGGUACGGACCCCGGAACUUGGCAAGGAGCCACCCAAGGCCGAUCCUGCCCGCAGAUGUCCAUAAUCCUGUCCUUGGGCGGCCGCCUGUCCUGGAGGAUUAUGUCAACGUGACUUCCACCAGCGGUGACCGCGUCUUCUUGGUGCUUCGGGAUGACCCCGUGGGCACUGGGGUGCAGAGCCCUCUCCUGGAAGUCCCAUGGCACAGCCGCAACCAGCUGGACCUGCUGGGCGUGCCCUUCGCUUCCCUGAGGGAGCAGGUGGACAACGAGCGGCGGGAGCACCUGAUUGAAGAGGCCCAGCGGUUCUCAGAUGUGCUGCGCAGGCCUGAAGACGAGGAGGAGGCUGCCCAGUCCACAGGGCCCCCAAAGGAAGAGCCGGAGGCUGCUGAUGUUCAGGAUACCUCCCAGCACUGGCUAUGGGUUGAUGAGUUUGCACCCCGACACUAUGCAGAGCUACUUAGUGAUGAUUUCACCAACCGCUGCCUUCUCAAAUGGCUGAAGCUGUGGGAUCUGGUGGUGUUUGGCCGGGAGAUACCCUCCCGGAAGCCCAGGCCCAGUGUGGAGCCAGCCCGGCCUGGUAAGGAGACUGCAGUCUCUAGCAAAUGGAAGAGUCAUGAACAGGUGUUGGAAGAGAUGCUGGAAGCUGAGCUGGAUGCAAGCCAGCGGCCGCGGCAAAAGGUGGCACUGCUGUGCGGGGCUCCAGGACUGGGCAAGACCACCCUGGCCCAUGUGAUUGCACGGCACGCGGGUUACUUCGUGGUUGAGAUGAAUGCCAGCGAUGAUCGCAGCCCUGAGGCCUUCCGUACGCGUAUCGAAGCAGCUACACAGAUGGAGUCGGUGCUCGGUGCUGGCGGGAGACCCAACUGCCUGGUCAUCGAUGAGAUAGAUGGGGCACCUACGGCCGCUAUCAAUGUCCUGUUAAGCAUUUUGGACCGCAAGGGGCCUCAGGAGGUGGAGCCAGGAGGCCAGGCAGGGCCUGCUGGUGGGAGACGGCGGCGUCGGGCAGAGGGGGCGCUCCUGAUGAGACCCGUCAUCUGCAUCUGCAACAACCAGUUUGCACCGGCCCUGCGACAGUUGAAGCAGCAGGCUCUCGUCCUCCACUUUCCGCCCACACUGCCCUCGCGGCUGCUGCAGAGACUCCAGGAGAUAUCCCAGCAGCGUGGCAUGCAGGCUGACCCCGGCGCACUUGCGGCACUCUGUGAGAAGACAGACAACGACAUCCGUGCCUGCAUUAACACCUUGCAGUUCCUGCAUGGGCAGGGCCGGCGGGAGCUGAGUGUACGGGCCGUGCAGACGACACGAGUCGGCCUCAAGGACCAGCGCAAAGGUCUCUUCACCGUGUGGCAGGAGGUCUUCCAGCUGCCCCGGGCCCAGAGGCGCCGUGUGGGACAGGACCUGGCUGUACCUGCCCACACGCUUCCGACUGGGGACUUGGGCCCAUGUGUCACCGAUGUGGCCCUGACGUCCGUCUCCCAGCGCUUCCACCGAGUACUGCAUGUGGCCGCUUCCGCUGGGGAGCAUGAGAAGGUCGUACAGGGCCUGUAUGACAACUUCCUGCGGCUUCGGCUUCGGGACCCGACUCUGGGUGCUGUGUGCACCGCCCUGGACUGGCUGGCCUUUGAUGACCUGCUGGCACGGGCCGCCCUGCACGGCCAGAGCUUUCAGCUGCUACGCUACCCGCCCUUCCUGCCCGCUGCCUUCCACCUGCUCUUUGCUGCCGUCCACGUCCCACAGCUGAUCUUCCCCAGCAGCCAGCAGGAGGCCCAGAACCGGAUGAACCAGAGCCAGAACCUACUCCAGAUGCUGGUGUCCGGCAUCACGCCGUCUGCCCGUAGCCGUGCCACACCCCAGGCCCUGGUGUUGGACACCCUGUGCCCGCUCCUGGACAUCCUCAUGCCCAAGCUGCGCCCCGUGAGCACCCAGCUGUACAGUGCCCGAGAGAAGCAGCAGCUGGCCGGCCUUGUGGGCACCAUGCUGGCCUACAGCCUCACGUACCGCCAGGAGCGCAUGCCUGACGGGCAGUAUGCCUACCGCCUGGAGCCGAAUGUGGAGGAGAUCUGCCGCUUCCCAGAGCUGCCCACCCGCAAGCCGCUCACCUACCAGGCCAAACAGCUCAUCGCCCGAGAGAUUGAAGUGGAGAAGAUGCGUAGGGCGGAGGCCUCAGCCCUGGCCACCCAGGGCCCCCAGGUGAGCGAGGGGGAUCUCCCCGGGGCCGAGUGCCCGGUGAGGGGUGAGGAGAAAGGGGUGCAGCACCCUGCUUCCCGGAACCACGAGCAGCGUCUGGAACGCAUGAUGAGCAAGGCCGUUUUUGAGGAGCAGCCCGAGAGAGACUUCUUUGGGCGUGUGGUUGUCAGAAGUGCGGCCGCCCCCACUGAGGAUGCAGCCCCCAAGACGGAGUCAGCGGAGUGGCGCAUGGGCACGGCAGUGGGCAGGAGCCACGUCUGGUUCCGCUUCAAUGAGGGGGUGUCCAAUGCUGUGAGGCGCAGCAUGUACAUCCGGGAUCUGCUGUAG